GAGAUAGUCAGCAAGUCCGCCCAAGUAUAGGGACUUUCCAGUUCUCCAAGUAUAUAUACUCGAACACUACAGGGAAAUACAUAGCUACAAAAUUUAGUCACUGAGCUAGCUAGCCUUACCUCAGUUUUUACACAUUAUAAUUUUACUAUAAACAUGAAAAUCCUUUCCGGAUUGUUCAUUUUAUUAUUGUCAUUUUUAGCCAUCGAGAUGGCGGCUGCAGGCCGACAUCGCCACCACCUCCACCACCACCACGGUCAUAAAAGUCAUGAGACGGUGCACUUUAAGCCCAGUACAGACACUGUGCCCUUCCCCUCCAUCCCCUGGAUUGUUCCAGCUGUGUACAAUGUUAGCUGGAACUUCAACGUAAAGGAUUGGCCUCAUAGCAAUAGUACCUUUCGGGCAGGUGACAUACUUGUGUUUAACUACGAUCAAGAUCUGCAUAAUGUGGUUCCUGUAGACGAGGCAAAUUACUUGAAUUGUUCAAUCCCUGAGGUUGCUGCUGUUAUCUAUAAUUCGGGUCAUGAUUCGAUAGUGCUCGGACCCGGAACAAAUUACUUCAUUUGUGGCACCAUGGGCCAUUGUAUUGCUGGAAUGUUAAUGAACGUCACUGCAACUUGAUCCAUUUAUGUUGAGUCUGUAACCCAUUUGUUUUUUUUAGUGAAUUUCAUUUAAUUAUUUCAGAUUAAAUAUUGUAUAGGCAAUUAGGCAUUAUCUUUUGUGAUUUUAGUAUCCGUUUGUUUUAUAUAUGAAUUUUUUUGACAAGUA